AUGUGGUCUGCAAUGGAAAUGGUCAUAAUGGCGUUCGACUGCAUCGCCUUGAUAGUUGGAGGUCUGGGGGACGUGGUUGUUUUAGCUCUCUGUGUCCUAGAACGGUCAAGAAAACGUGUCCUCUGCCCGUACAGAGUCAUCUCAUUGAGCGUGAGUAUCAGCAACCUCACCGCCAUAUUUCUCCAGCUGGCUUCAGAUAAUGACUUGUUGUCGAACACGUUGCUCAUGCAAUAUGUUGAUCUCUUAUCGGUGUCGUGUCUAUGCUCCAACCUGUGGUUUUCGACCUUACUGUACGUGUACUACAGCAUCAAGAUUGGGGCCAGACGUUUAACCUUUUACACGUGGCUUAAUGCAAAGUUUCCUACAAUCUUGCCAUAUCUGCUGUUUUCUUUACUAACAAUGUCUCUUUUGACCAGCUUCAUAGUUCUUCUUCAACCUCUUGACAAUCCCCCAGACAACGUUUCUUCAGCUUUGCCUACCAACUAUGAAGAAGCAUAUUUGGAAAACCCAUUUAUUAAGUCAGGAUUAACUCAAUCCUUAAUUGCUCUAAUAUGUUUCCUGAUUUCCUUCAUCCUAGUGGGUCAAAUCCUCCUCUCCUUGUAUCGACAUGUCCGGCGCCUGCAAAGCAAUAAUGAAGCUGCUGGGAACUUCAGUCUUGAAGCUCAUUUUAAAGCAGCCAAAACGCUCACCAUUCUCCUGGUCUUCAAUGUCACCUUUUUUGUAUCUAUGAUCACUACUUUACUCAGUCCAUCUCCAUCCAUGGCCUUUGCCAUAAGUUGCAUCUUUAUUGCCGUCUCACUGUCAACCCAGCCGUAUAUCUUAAUCCUGGGAAAUGCCAAUAUGAUGAAGCAAGCAAAAGAGACUUUUCUUCAUGUUUUUAUGAAAGUUGCCAACUAA